AUGAGUUAUUACAAUGACGAUGAGCUGGCUGCACCCGAUUGGAUAAAUAAAGAAUUUUUGGAAAAGGUUUUAAAGGAAUACCAUAACAAUGUUGCAGUUGAGAUUGUGAAAUUCGAACUUAGUCCGGCAAGUAUGAAAGGUGAUCAUUAUGCCAGUGUUAUGUUUCGUUGUAAAGUGGAAUAUCGCCUAAAUGCCACGACAUUGCUAAACAAAUCUCUGAUAAUGAAAACCAUACCCAGUGCUGAGGGUAUGAAACAAGAAAUUCUAAAGAAAACCAAAGUAUUUGAAACGGAAAUUGGCAUGUACACCGAGGCAUUGCCCAAGAUUUGUCAGAUUUUGAAAGAACAUGGUGAGGAAACUUUGUUAACAGCAGGAAUAAUUUAUCACUCAUUGACACCCCACAAAAUUAUAAUUCUGGAGGACCUUUGUGAAUUGGGUUAUGACGCGAUACGUGGUCGCCAUUUAAAUGUCCAAGAAGUUAAAGCUGUCUAUACGAAAUUGGCCAAACUACAUGCCGUUUCAUUUGCAUUGGGUCAAAGUGAAGACCAUAAAGUGGUUACAAAAUUCCAAGAUGGCUUUAUGAGCAUUAGUAUUCCAGCACUCAGUGAUUACAUGGACAAUGGUUUCCGAAAUUUCAUACAAUUAUUGGCAUCAUAUCCUGAAUUUGAAAUUUAUCAUCAAAAACUAACGGAAAUGCAAAAGUAUGUGCUCCCAUCGUGUAAGAAUUUAUUCAAUUCCUAUGUCAAUGGAGAGAAGGGCAUAUUCGUGUUAAAUCAUGGUGAUUUUCAUAUGAAAAAUUUAAUGUUUAAAUGGGAUCGAAAUUCGGGAGAAAUGGAGGAUGUUAUUUUAUUGGAUUAUCAGGCUAGCUGUUUUGCUCCUUCCAAUAUUGAUUUGUUGUAUUCACAAUUUUUAUUGCUGAGUCCUGAAUUGCGAAUGAAACGCAAAGAAUUUAUGCGUCAUUAUUUUGUGGAAUUUUGUCGGAUUUUAAAGAAAAUCAAAUUUAAUGGAGACAUGCCGAAAUAUUCAGAAUUUCAAAUGGACUGUUUGAAAUAUCGACAUUUUUGUAUUUAUGUUCUUGUGGUUAUAUAUCCCUUGGUUGCCGGAUUCUGGGAUAAAUCGGUUGAGGAAUUAAAGGAUACAAAUACAACUGAAAUGGUUGAAAAUCCGGAUCUGAUUGCGGCCAAUUACAAUAGGCCUGAAUUUGUGGAAGAAAUGCGCACAUUCUUGCCAAUAUUGUUGGACGAAGGAUAUUUUGAUUAG